AUGAAAUUCUUCACUGCUGCCGCUCUUUUCGCUAGCGCCGCCGUUGCGCUCCCCACUACCUCUGAGUGCGGCGAGGUGGUCACUAUUACCAACUACUCCCUGCGCUGGAACUUUAACCAGGUCGAGUCUGUUAGUUUCAAGCUCACUGGCAACAACGCUACCGACCUACAAUGCACAAGCCCCAGCGGAGCCAUUCAGGAAAUUCCUAGUCCUGUCUACACCUGCGGUGACAGCAAGUACAGGUUUGGUCUCCAGCCCGUGCAAUCUGACUUCGACAUGAACAACCCCCAAUACAACCUCGCUGUUUACCACGAGACCGGACCUGCCGUCGGUUUGUACGCCCAGACCCAAGUUCCUACGUACUGCAGGGCUGGUGGUCUCAGCAUCAAUGACCGUAUUUGCGACCAGAUCCCGGCCACCUGGCCUUUUAACCUCAAUUGCUCCUAG